AUGAUUGUUCUUUUGCCAGAAAUAUUACUGACUAAGAAGAAUUCAAAUUCUUGCAAAACGUGGAUCAAUCAGUUGUUCUCGACGAUCAAUACAUCUUCAUUUUACGCCGUAUUACACUUUGGAUUUUUAUGGACGCUAAAUCGCUUCCUGUCUAUUAUUUUCCCGAAAUUCAAUGUACUAUUCGAAUCAACAAAGCUGUAUUUUCUAAUCAUUUUCGUAUGGUUAACAGCUUUUGCAAUUUCAUUUGCGGAUUAUUAUUACUGUUCGAGAAGUUUUGAAGUUUCAACCUUACUCUGGACAGCAAACUGUACAAAACAGUCAAGUAAUGGUGGCAAAGUUUUUUUAAGUUUUCGUCAUAUUUGGGCGUUGUUUUUAUCAAUUACAAUGCUCGCUAUGUACUUCGCAAUUUUUUGCAAUAUACGACAUCGUCGAGUUUCAGUUACUAACGAACCACGAAGAAUAUUAGCAAUGAAUACAAGGCAUGAUACGAGUAGGCUAGAAACUGCCAAAUACGAACGAUCGGUGUUAAUUCAAGCAGCACUGACCUGUGGUGUAUUCAUAAUUGGAAUCAUAUUAAUCAAUUUUCUACCAAAACUUCUGCUAAAAAUUUUCGGUCAAGAAAUCAUAAUUCCAGUGAAUAUUUUCAUCAAUUCAUUUCUGAUUUUAGGUCGUACUGUAUUACCCAUAACACUUUUCGCAACUAACAAACAUGCCCGUAUUCAAAUGCACUGCUUUGGAGAUCAUAGAGAUAUUUCUGCAAAGUAUUAA